GGCCAGUCCAAAAAACUAGUUUGGGCCGGGAGGGGCGAGAGGGUGAAAGGCCGGAGAGAAAGAGCUCGGCACCAACCACUUAGAGUAGUGCAGGGGCGGGGAGGGCAGCAGGAGGGGGCUGUUCUCUAGUUAGUGCCCCGCGUGGGGCCACGUGAUUGGAGAGGUCCCGCCCUCACCCUCCAGAGCCAGGUGUUCGAAUCCCGUCUCCAGAACUGGCGGCGUCCUAGUCGGGUCGGCGCGACGCGCCAGAGGACCCGCCCUGAGGCUCAUGGCAGCGCCGGUCCGCCUGGGCCGGAAACGCCCGCUGCCCGUUUGCCCCAACCCGCUCUUCGUACGCUGGCUAACCGAAUGGCGGGACGAGGCAGCCAGUAGGGGGCGCCGCAGGCAAUUCGUGUUUCAGAAGGCCCUGCGCUCCCUCCGGCGGUACCCACUGCCUCUGCGCAGCGGCAAGGAAGCUAAGAUCCUACAGCACUUCGGAGACAGGCUCUGCCGUAUGCUGGACCAGCGGCUGCAGCAGCACGAAGCAUCAGGCGGUGACCAUGCCCCGAGUUCACCAUCUGGAGAGAAGAGUCCAGCCCGGGAAGGGCCCCUUGCCAGAGUCCAGGACUCUUCCAAGCCAAUUCCAGCCCAGCCCAAAGCAGGGGUCUUGGGCGGCUACUGGCCGGCUCGGUGCUCGGGCGCACGCGCAGUGCUGCUGCUGCUCUACAGGGAACACCUGAAUCCUAGUGGCCACAGCUUCCUAACCAAGGAGGAGCUGCUGCAGAGGUGUGCCCAGAAAGCUCCCAAGGUGGCCCCUGGGAGUACUCGGCCCUGGCCAGCCCUCCGCUCCCUCCUUCACAGGAACCUGGUUCUCAGGACACACCGGCCAGCCAGGUACUCACUGACUCCGGAGGGUCUGGAGCUGGCCCAGAAGCUGGCUGAGUCAGAGGGCCUGAGCUCACUGAAUGUGGCCAUCGGGCCAGAGGAGCCCCCUGGGGAGGAGCCAGAAGUGCCAGGAGCAGCCUCUGCUGAGCUUGGCGCCAGCGAAGGGAGUGUCCAGCAGCCGCCACUGGCGCUUGGGCCUGGAGAGUACAGGGUGCUGUUGUGUGUGGACGUUGGUGAAGCCAAGGGGGCGGGGCACAGGUCAGAGCUGCUCCUCGAGCUACAGCGGCUGCAUGUGACCCACACAGUGCGCAAGCUGCACGUUGGGGACUUUGUGUGGGUGGCUCAAGAGACCAGGCCCAGAGACCCAGCAAGACCUGAGGAGCUCGUCCUGGACCACAUCGUGGAGCGCAAGCGGCUGGACGAUCUCUGUAGCAGCAUCAUAGAUGGGCGCUUCCGCGAGCAGAAGUUCCGGCUGAAGCGCUGCGGCCUGGGCCACCGAGUGUACCUGGUGGAGGAGCAUGGCUCGGCGGACCACCUCAGCCUUCCUGAGAGCACGCUGCUGCAGGCUGUCACCAACACUCAGGUCAUCGAUGGCUUCUUUGUGAAGCGCACGGCGGACAUUAAGGAGUCAGCUGCCUACCUGGCCCUCUUGACUCAGGGCCUGCAGAGACUCUACCAGGGCCAUACCCUUCGCAGUCGCCCCUGGGGACCCUCAGGGGACCCUGACUCAAGGCCUGGGUCCUCCCCAAAUCCUCUCUGCUCACUCCUCACCUUCAAUGACUUCAACGCAGGAGCCAUCAAGAACAAGGCCCAGUCUGUGCGGGAGGUGUUCGCCCGGCAGCUGAUGCAGGUGCGCGGGGUGAGUGGGGAGAAGGCAGCAGCCAUAGUGGACCAGUACGGCACCCCUGCCAGCCUGCUGGCCGCCUAUGACGCCUGUGCCAGCCCCAAGGAACAGGACAUGCUGCUGAGCACCAUCAAGUGUGGCCCACUGCAGAGGAAUCUGGGGCCCGCUCUGAGCAGGACCUUCUCCCAACUCUACUGCUGCUACGGCCCCCUGACCUGAGCUGUGCCACGAGGCUGACUCCACCCCUGCCCACCUUCACAGGCCAGCCAGCCUUUUAAUCAGAAUCUG